GCCGGCGAGAGUCAGUCGACUAUUAGUGGUCUGUGACUCUGGAGGUGGGCCGACUAUCGCUGAACCGAGCUCUACGUAGCUCGGUCGCGCUCGGCCGGCAGUCAGGCCAGUCGGCCGCACCGCGCCGCUCUCCUCGCGUUUGCUGUUUGCACUCGUCCGCUUGCUCGCUCGCUCGCUCGCUCGUUCUCGCGUCGCGCGCCCGCCUCUCAGUACGUCGUACGCUGUGCAGCGAGAGCAACGGUCGUGUUUCCCCGCUUGUUUUGCACUUUUUAUUUCUUUUUUUUCAUUAAAGGCGACGUAACAGUGUCCUCGCUAACGCCGCGCUAUGUGACGGAUAUCACGGGGCACCGCAGUGUGUACCCCGCCUCUUCUACCACGUAUUGUUCCUUUCUCGGCUACUUCACUCCGUCGACUUUACUCCUCGCCCUUUACCGAGACCUACCCCACCUCCCCCCUCUAUCUCCUCUCCCGUUACCCUCGUCCCUUCACGUCCCUGCCCGCCCCUCCUUGCAGAUCCUCGUCCACCGCCCCGUCGUGGAAAAAGAGAAAGACCGACUGCCUCGUAAAACGCUCAUAACUCGACGACGACGUGGCCACGAGGGCCUCGUGGAAAAGCGUGCCUGAAGAAAACAUGGAGUGCCCGCAUCUUGCACAGAGCGUACAAUUCGGCGAUGACAACGUAGAAGGAUCGGGCUGUGCUGUGAAGGAUCUGCCGUUCGUCUGCGCAGUGUGCGGCACCGAGAAAAGUCCCUGGCUGUGUCUGCACUGCGGGGCCGUGCACUGCGGACGAUACGUGGCGGGCCACGCGUUGCAGCACUACGAGACUAAUACUCAGCACUGCGUGUGCAUAGACUGUGAGAGCCUGGCAGUAUUCUGUUACACCUGCGACGAGUACGUGGUGAACGACACGACGAGCGGGCAGAUCGAGAAGAUACGGCGCGUCACCUUCCACAAAGACGAGCACAAGGAGAAUGACGAGAGCUGGAGCACGUCGCCGUCCACGACGCCGUCGUCGAGGACGCGCGACAGCGGCGGCGACGUCGACCACGACAACGACGAUCCGGACGCGAUAUGGAAGGCGGAGGUGGUUGUGAGAAACCUACGGCCGAGGACGGCGCGCAAGAGGCUACACUCGCUGGACGCCAGCAGCGCGGACAACCGGCCGGCCAAGCGUCGCAGCUCCAAGAGUACCAAAGAGAAGAAGGUCGUCGGCCUGAGGAACCUCGGUAACACCUGCUUCAUGAACGUGGUGCUGCAGUCGUUCAACAACAUCAGCCACUUCUGCGAGUACCUCACGCAGAUGCCGUGUCUGGAGGGCAUCGCGUUCGACGAGUCCACGGGACCGCCGACCCAUCGCGGUCGCAUCGUCACGCCCGGCCGCGCCAAGGAGAUGUCCAUGAGCGACGCGUUACUCGCCGAGGAGCUGCGAAAGGUGCUGCUCGGUCUGAGCCUGGGUGGCUCCAACGGCCAGGCCAUAUCGCCCGAGUGCCUGUUCCUGGCCAUCUGGAAGGUCGUGCCGAGAUUUCGCGGCUACCAGCAGCAGGACGCCCACGAGUUUCUCACCUACAUGCUCGACCGGCUGCACACCGAGCUGCUGCAGCUGCUGCCCAGGCUGGGACACGAGCCCCUGGGACUGCGCGGCAAGCAGAGCAUCGUCACCGCCGUGUUUGGAGGCACUCUUCUCAGCGUGGUCCACUGCAUGAACUGUCGCACGGACUCGAAGACGCACGAGCCCUUCCAGGAUCUCUCGCUGGACAUACCGGACAGGCUGCAGAGAAGCAGGACGAAGGAGCAGGAGGAGGUGUGUAGUCUGACGUAUAGUCUGACGAGAUUCUUCAAAGUCGAGGAGCUGGCCGAUAGCGAACUCUACUUCUGCGACAACUGCAUGGGCAAGCAGAGGUCCACCAAGAGGUUCUGGAUACACAGGCUGCCUAACGUGUUGUGCCUUCACAUUAAAAGAUUUAGGUGGUGCAAUUCCUAUCGCUCGAAGGUGGACACGCAGGUGGAUUUCCCUAUGGAGUCUCUCGACAUGUCCGCGUUCACCGUGCGCGGCGUGACCGGGACGAGAUUGGGCGCUCAGAAUAGUCAUCUUUACGACUUGGCUGCCGUUAUCGUACACCAUGGUUCUGGUGCUGGUACUGGACAUUACACUGCCUUCGCUGUGCAUGACGGCCAGUGGUUCCACUUUAACGACAGCUCCGUACGGCCGGCGACCACCGACGCUGUCGCUAAAUGUAAGCCUUACAUUCUGUUCUACGUGCGGAGGGAGUUCUCCAUUCCACCCCCCUUGUGACGUCGUUUCCCCGACGAGAAGCCCCGUCCCGGCAGUGCGAGCCUCAAUGAUGACGACGACGACGGCGACGACGAUGUAGAACGAACGAAAGAGAACUGAGCAAGUCUCUUACGUUCCGUUGCGAAUCUCGAAGCGAGCAACCGAAGCGUAAAAAGAAGCAAGAGAUCGCCGGGUCGCGCCUCGAGCGCUACGGGAAAUGAAAAUUCGUCCGCUUAUCGCAUAUAUUCAUGAUUGCUCAUUGUUGCCAAAUCGUACAAUCUUGUUAGAAGCGUAAUUCGUUCACGUUCGCUAUCGCGCUCCGAUAAGCCGCGACUGCGACCUUUGAAAUGCGAUCGGGAUAACCGGCCACAGAUAUAAUUGCGCCGCACGUAAAUCGCUCGAGCAUGUUCCUCCUCGUGCUUCAUUAGAUGAUUAAAAUCGCGCGGCUCUUGAAUUAGCUCGACGUCCGCGAAGAGAAAGAAAGAAAGAGAGAGAGAGAGAGAGAGGUUGACUAGCACGGUGUGCGAGCGUAUGUAUAUGUAUCACACUGAUCAUUCUCACGAUGUCCUUUCUGUCGGAGAUGCCGCAAUCUCUCCGUCCCGUCGAAUCGAAGGGAACAGAACAAUUUUCUUUUGUUUCGAUUACAUUUUUUUCCCACGUUUUUCAAUCGAGAUUACAGUGUGUGGAGUUUGUCCGCAAGGAAUUCUUGCUCUUUUGCUGCCGUCAAUUUUUCCGGCUGAGUCGCACCGAUCGCUCGGUUAAACGCGCUCGGGCUAGUAUCGCAUCACGCUUGACAAGUCACUUAUUCGAAGGUAGGCGAUGCGGACGAAAAGGCGAGAGAGCGUCGCGGUGUUACGAUUGACGUCGAGCACGCAUGCGUAUCGUGUCAACGUACGUAGCACGUAUGCGGUCGCGCGAGUACGUGGAGGUGCGCGAUUGUAUGCGAAGCGUGUGCUAGCAGGCGAAGCUUCCCUUCCUUUCUCGGCGUAAUGGCGGAAAGAAGAAGAGAGAGAGAGAGAGGGGAAGAAAGGUAGAUCGAGAGGAAGAGAAAGAGGAAUAGAACGGGAGCGCUCGAGGUAGAUCGCGGAAACACAUUGCCUUUAGCGUCGAUUUUCUUACUUUACGCUCUUACUCGGCGGCCGUCGACCGCCCUUUCCCCCCCCCCCUCCCCCCUGUCACCCCACCCCAAUACCAUUCCCCUGAUCGGAUCGAUUAAAGCCCUCCUCUCGGUAGCGGAAUAAACGCGUAAUCGCGUUUCCUCAUGUGUAGUCUUAAAAUGCGAAAAAAAAAAAAAACGACUGGUCUUCUCGGUAGAUAGAUCUUUUUCUAGGCUUAUAGCGCGCGUGGCGUCGUUGUGUCGAGGGAGUUGGAAAGCAAGUAUCGUAUAGGGCCAAACAGCGUUACUUCUCAAGCGACAGCCUCCCUACACCCACACCAUCACCCUUCCAUUCCCAACCUGUGCCUCCUCCGUCCCUUUGUUGCAUAUGCGUCAUGCAUAUUCUUGCGCGCACACCGACACAAACAUAGACACAGUCACACAUAUGUAUGCGCUGCAUAACGUGUCGUGCGAAUGUAUAUGUACGUAUUCGACACACACACACACACAUACCACAUACACGCAUGUAUGAAUGAUACAUGCACGUCUCCUCCUGAUCCUUCCUGUCCCACCAUACCCCCUCCGCAUCCAACAAUCCUUUUUCCUCCACAAAAGGCUCUCGACGACUCUUAUGUGAUUAUUUAAAGACUUAUUUUUUCUAUAAUGAUAACGAUAAUAAUGAUAAUAAGUUAAUGCGUAGCGAAGAAACGUUUUAUUAAGGCGAUAAACUGCGAUAACUGCGCAUCUUCGGCAAAGACUCUUACUCAUGUAUUAACAUGACGUACGGAAGUAAGCGUGCAACAACAAUAUUAUUGAACAAAUGAAAUAUGUACGAACGGCGAAUAAAUAAAGAACAUGAAUCGAC